UUUGGUCUUUGUUCAUUCACGGCCCCUUACCACCCGGCGAAUGACCAUCCAGUGGCCAUUGUUAUAUCGUCGUCUACACGGUGCGCACAUCCCUCAUUAUAAUUAUUAAAACAUUUUUCUGUACAUCUCACAGUUUCGACCUGCACAAGAAGCGCUAAAUACUCUACAAUCAUUUGAACAUCGUGGAUGACAAAUCGAUAAUUCUGAAAUUCACGUUUUUAGAAAAUAAAAAAUAGCCAGUAUAAUGUUUGGGUCAAUUUUCAAAUUAUCUACAAAAUUAAACAACCAGUCCAUUGUGAUGACUCUAUCUAGGAGUAUAGUUCAACAACGUGCUAGUAUGGAAGAAUAUUUCAAAGACAAACGUUUUAUAGUUACAGGAGCCAGUGGUGGAAUAGGUAAAGUUAUCGUCGGACGAUUAAUAGCAUUGGAUGCGCAUGUAUUUGCAAUUGGAAGAGAUGUGGAUACAUUACCAAGUUCUGAUAAUAAAAAAUUGAUUAAAGUGACCGUGGACGUAGGUGAAUGGGACUCAGCGUAUUCGAAAGUCUUAGAAAUGGGACCUGUCCAUGGAUUAGUAAACAAUGCAGGAGUAGCACACAUCGAAUCUUUUCUUAAUACAACACAACACGGAUGGGAUGAUACUUUGAACAUAAAUGCUAGAGGAGUCGUGAGAAUAAGUCAAGCAGUGGUCAAAAAUAUGAUUGCUGCUAAAAUUCAAGGAGCAAUAGUUAAUGUUUCAUCUACUAUAUCAGAAAAAGCAAUUCCGGACCACGUAUCAUAUUGUGCAUCUAAAGGAGCUGUAAACCAGAUUACAAGAAGCAUGGCAAUCGAAUUGGGACCACUUGGCAUAAGAACAAACAAUGUAAAUCCAACUGUUGUGAUGACUAGAAUGGGGAAAAAAGCAUGGAGUGAUCCUGCAAAAUCUGGUCCAAUAUUACAAAAAAUACCAUUGGGAAAAUUCGCAGAACCUAACGAUAUUGCGGAUGCAGUUAUGUUUCUAUUGAGUGACUACUCACGAAUGGUUAAUGGUCUGAAUUUGUAUGUGGACGGAGGUUUUAUGACUGGUUAA